AAAAAAAAAAAAAAAAAAAAAAAUUAUUGUUAAACAUUCAGUCAGACCUGAGAAUAAGGAGCGCGUCUGUGCGACCUAAAAAUAGAGGAUGCUCCCCGCCGCGUUGAGGCUGCUGUUUGCAGCAUCCACCACCGCCGCGGCCAUCGUCGCCCGAGACCAGCCCAAACCGCCGGUUCUCGCCCACCGCCAGGUUCAAGACAGCGGCUCGGCCGAAUUCGGCGAUGGAUACGUCCGCUACCCGCUCCACACCUCGGAGCGGCGCCGUCCGCUGGGCGAUGCGGCGAUCGACAGGGCCAUCAUGUCGCUGGUCAAGCUUGAGGCGCGCCAGUCGAUAGAGUCGGGCGUCACCAACAUCGAGGACGGGUUGAUCUACUCGGUGGAGAUCGGAAUCGGCACACCCAAGCAGCAGAUUGAGGUCGUCAUUGAUACCGGGUCAUCCGAGCUUUGGGUUAAUCCCGACUGCGACAAUAUCGAGAAUCGGUUGAGCACACAGAUGUGCAAGGCCGUGGUGCAUUACGAGCCCCGCAACAGCGAGACUGCGGUUAACCUGGGCAGGACUGGAACUAUCACGUACGGGUCUGGUGAUGUUAAGUUCAACUAUGUGGCGGAUACCGUCACUGUUGGCUCCAACACCGCAGUCAGGAAUCAGACUUUUGGCGUGGCAACCCAGUCGACCGAUAUUUUCAUGGGCAUCAUGGGCCUAGGCCUGCGUCUCGGUCGCACCCGUGAGAGUAACUACUCCCUGCUUCUGGAAAGCCUGGUCGAGCAGAGGCACAUCCGAAGCCGCGCCUUCAGCCUGGACCUGCGGAGCGUCGACAGCAGCACCGGCGCCGUCAUAUUUGGCGGAAUCGACACGACCAAGUUUAUCGGUGACCUAUCCAAGACGCCCAUGCUGUCACCGCAGGAGACACCGCAGGGUGCGGAUAGGUACUACGUCUACAUGACCUCCAUCUCUCUUUCUUCGGGCGGAGGCUCGCGCAAGGUCUUCGACAAGGGCCUGACCGAUGGCGUGGCCGUGUUCCUCGACAGCGGCGGCACCGUCUGCCAGCUGCCGCAGGCACUGUUCAAGGGCAUCGGCGACGCCUUCCCCAACGCCACCCUCGACUCACGCUCGGGCUUCUACCAGGUCGACUGUGAAAAGGCCACGUCAGUUAACGGCACCAUCGACUUUGGCUUUGGCGACAAGGUCAUCCGCGUCGGCUACGCAGAUUUCAUCUGGCGACCCGCCCGCAACGUCUGCUACCUCGGCGUCAGGGCAUUGGCCAGCCAGCGCGGCGAGCCAAUCCUGGGAGCGAGCUUCCUGCGCGCCGCCUACGUCGUCUACGACCAGGACAACAGGAACCUCCACCUCGCGCAGGCGGCCAACUGUGGCGACGGCGACAUUGUCACCAUCGGUCAGGGCUCAGAUGCGGUGCCGUCUAGCGCCAAGGGAAAGUGCAGCGUCGCGUCGAGCGGGGACGGGGCGCAGACCGCCGACGAGAAGAAGAACGCGGCGGAUAGGAUGGCGGAUGGGGCCAGCUGGAUGCUCCUCCUAGCGGCGGGCGGCUUGUCCGUCCUGUAUACCUCGUUUGCAUAGGACAAACGGGUUGGAUUGGGUUUUGCGGGCAAGUUCAAAUAAUACAUAUAAUUUGAUGAAUACUACGAAUUAUUUCCUAGUCUUGAUUGAGGUUCCGCUUUGACGGGCAACGCUGUGAAUGGAUUUGAAGUGAGUCGCGACGGAUGCUGGAGGACCAAUGUGGCGCACCCUUGCGGCUGGGCCCGAUCAUGCUUGCCAAUCGAGAUACGAAGCUAGAGGCUCAAGCCACAAUGACUUCUCGACGUGCACCAUUCACUUCGCGCCA